AAAUGAACGUCAUAAACAAGACGAUUACGUGAUUGCAUCACGCAAAUUGUGCGGUGAAGUCAAAUUAGCAUUCACUUUUAACUUCACGAUUAAACGUCGUUGUUUGCGAUUUUCACCGGGAAGCAGACCAAUACAAACGAAAAAGCACAAUGCCGGCAGUACCAGGAAGUGUCUACGGUCAGAGUCAGCAGCCCUCCUGUUUUGAUCGAAUGAAAACUGGUUUCACUAUCGGAUUUUGUGUGGGAAUGGCCAGUGGUGCUCUGUUUGGAGGAUUUUCAGCAUUGAGGUAUGGACUUCGUGGACGUGAGCUUAUCAACAAUGUCGGAAAAGUUAUGAUUCAGGGUGGAGGAACGUUUGGUACUUUCAUGGCAAUUGGAACAGGCAUUAGGUGUUAAAAUGGGUGACCGGAAUAAAUCGCCACAGUAAACAACUGCAACAGAAACAACCGCUUAGAAAAAGUGUAGUAGGCUAGAAAUAUUUGGCGCGGGAAAAACAUCAUGUGCCUCACAUUUCUAUUAUAAAUUUAUUCUCUUGUUCUCGUUUUUCGAAAUUUAUUCUGAGGACAAUGUAAUGGGGACGAAGUCCCCAUUUGGCGAGGAUAAGGAAUCGAGGCGGCCCAUGCCGCCAAGAUGACGCAAUCCGAGUCCACCGCCGACCCGCCGUCGGAAGCGGCGGUGUCUCGCACGCAAACCUGGGAUCCACUGAUUGCCCGGUUAGUUUGAAACAUAGGAUACGAUCCUUUAGCAAUGUCCGACCGAGCUCUAGCGAGCGUCGGACGGUAUACGUCUGCCCGGGGCGUUACGUUUGCCUGGGGCGAUACGUUUGCCCGGUUAAUUCUUGUUUUGAAAUACAAUACCGCGCCACAAUAUUUAUAGCCUACUACACAUUUUAUAAGCGGUGGUUUCUGUUGCAGUCGUUUUCUGUGGCGAUUUA